AUGGUAAAUUCAAAUGGAGCAAUAUCGACAUUAAAUUAUUUUUCAAUAAAUCAAACAUGUCAAUUAUUUUCUACAAAUGACAGUUCGAUUUUAAUUGCAUUUAAUCUAAAUUCUUCUUUGGUAUUUAUGAAUCAAUCAGCAAUUUCCAUAGCACUGAAUCAGAUCACAUCAACAUCACCUUCAUCAUCAUCAGCGUCAACAACAUCAUUGUCAUCAAGCACAUCAUCAACAUCAACAUCAACAUCAACAACAACAUCAUCAACAACAUCAUCAACAACAGCAGCACCAGGAUGGACAACUACAGGAAGUAUGAAUACCACACGAGAGUUUCACACAGCAACCAAAUUAGUAAAUGGACUAGUAUUAGUUGCUGGUGGAUAUAACAGCGUUGCUAGUAGUUAUCUGAAUAGUGCUGAAUUAUACAAUCCAUCAAUAGGUACUUGGUUUAUCAUAGCAAAAAUGAAUUUUGCACAAGGAUAUCACACAGCAUCCAUAUUAAUAAAUGGAUCAGUAUUAGUUGCUGGUGGAACCAGCGGUUCAGGUGCUUAUCUAAAUAUUGCUGAAUUGUACAAUCCAUCAACAAACAGUUGGGCAACAACAGGAAGCAUGAAUGUUGCACGACAAGGUCACACAGCAUCCACAUUAGCAAAUGGAAAAGUAUUAGUUGCUGGUGGAAUCAGCGGCUCAGGUAUUGAUCUAAGUAGUGCUGAAUUGUACGAUCCAUCAACAGGCACUUGGACAAUAACCUCAGGAAGCAUGAAUACUCCACGACAACUCCACACAGCAUCCACAUUAGCAAAUGGAAAAGUAUUAGUUGUUGGUGGAGAUAAGGGCGGUGGUGUUCUCAACAAUGCUGAAUUCUACGAUCCAUCAUCAGGCGCUUGGACAUCCGUAGGAAGCAUGAAUGUUGGACGAAAAUAUCACACAGCAUCCAUAUUAGCAAAUGGAAACGUAUUAGUUGCUGGAGGAACCAGCGAUAGUAGUAUUCUCAAUAGCGCUGAAUUGUACAAUCCAUCAACAAGCACUUGGACAAUCACAGGACCCAUGAAUACAGCACGAGAAUAUCACACAGCAUCCGCAUUAGCAAAUGGAUUAGUAUUAGUUGCUGGUGGAUACAACAGCAUUGUUGGUUAUCUGAAUAGUGCUGAAUUGUACAAUUCAUCAACAGGCAUUUGGACAACUACAGUAAACAUGAGUAUUGCACGACAAUAUCACACAGCAUCCAUAUUAACAAAUGGAAAAGUGUUAGUUACUGGUGGAGAGACCACUGGUGGUGUUUGUCUCAAUAGUGCUGAGCUUUAUUAG